UUCCAGGCGGGAGCGGGAGCCGGAGCCGUGGUUGUGGCGGCAACAGCAGCAGCGGCCGAUCGGACCGCAGCCCCAGCCCGGGGAAGAAUCCCUGCCGCGCCGCGGGGCCCGGGCCGGACGGGCAGGUGGCGGAAGCUCGGGCCCUGGAACAUGGAGCUCGCCACGCUCUGCGCCCUCUUUUCCCUUCUGAUGCUGACCGGCACGGGGGCUUCGGAGCCAGGGAGGCCGAACCCUGAGCCCAGCCUGGAGAUCUACAAGAAGCUGUUUGCGGUGAAGCGCAAGGACCAGCUGAAGGCGCUGAAGAACCUGGUGGAGCUCAAUGACGUCCACCAGCAGUACAAGAUCAUAGACGUCAUGCUGAAGGGCCUCUUCCAGGUGCUAGAGGACUCCCGGGCCGCCCUCCUGGCGUCCGACAUCUUCCCUGAUGGGCCUCUUCCCGAGGACGAGAAGCUGAAGGACGCCUUCUCCCACGUGCUGGAGAACACGGCCUUCUUCGGCGACGUGGCGCUGCGCUUCCCCAAGAUCGUCCAUCACUACUUCGACCGCAACGCCAACUGGAACUACCUCAUCCGCUGGGGCAUCAGCUUCUGCAACCAGAGCGGCGUCUUCGAGCAGGGCAGCCACGCGCAGCUCCUCGGCCUGGCGAGCGGCGAGCUGGGCGCCAUGGAGACCAUGGACACCCUCACGGAGCUGGGAGACGAACUCACUCUAGGGGACAUCGAUGGUGAGUGGCGAGUGCGGCUGCGCGAGGACCCUCGCCGUGCCCCUCCCCCGCACCCCCCUCCCGGAGGCGCCCCACGCCCCCGGAACCACGCCCUCGCGCUGCUCCCCCGGCUCCGGCCCCCACGUGCAGCUGUCAUUCCCCUCCCCCAGAGCUUUCUGUCCCCCCCCCCCACUCAGGAGCGCACCUCUAGUUAG